GAAGAACGCGCAGCCCAGUGGACUAGAGAGAGAAAAACAGAGUGAAAAUCUUGAACUCGUCGUUCCCAAAACAAAAACCGGAACAAAACUUGGAUCUGCUCCUGGGUCUCUGACCUGCUCGCCCCGCCCCCACCUCGGUCAGCAGUGCUGUCAGCUUGGUGUGCACAGAGGAACAUGGCUCAGGAAACUAACCACAGCCAGGCGCCUAUGCUCUGCUCCACCGGCUGCGGGUUUUACGGGAACCCCCGCACCAACGGCAUGUGCUCCGUGUGCUAUAGAGAACACCUCCAGAGACAGAACAGCAGUAACGGCAGAAUCAGCCCGCCCGCGGCUUCUGUCACUAGUCUGUCUGAGUCUUUCCCGGUCCAGCGCGCAGACGGCAGUGCCCCCGACGCGCAGUCACCUCUAGACCCCGCGCCCGCGUCGGCGCAGCCAAGCCCUGUAUCAAAUCAGUCACUUUUAUCAGAGUCCGUAGCAUCUUCCCAAGCGGACGGCACAUCUGUGGAAGGAGCGCCGGACACAGAAGACCUGCCAGCUUCAGUAUCAGAUACGGCACAGCAGCCAUCUGAAGAGCAGAGCGAGUCUCUUGAAAAACCAAAACAGAGAAAGAACCGCUGUUUCAUGUGCAGGAAGAAAGUAGGACUUACUGGGUUUGAAUGCCGGUGUGGACAUGUUUACUGUGGCGUGCACCGAUACUCAGACGUGCACAAUUGCUCGUACAAUUACAAAGCUGACGCCGCGGAGAAAAUCAGAAAAGAGAACCCAGUAGUUGUCGGUGAAAAGAUCCAGAAGAUUUGAACUCCUGCGGGAAUACAAACUGCUUUGACCAUCUGCAAACUAAACACUGACUUGAGGUUUUUUUCCUGGUCCCGGGGAGCGUAGCGCGGCGUGCCGCGUAGGCCUUUAAUCAUGCAUGUCAGCAGAAGAAUAGAUUGCUGGUUUUGUUUGGAAAAUGACUCUGAACCUUUAUUUCCAUUGCAGUUUCUGUGGCUGAAAAGGCUUAAGUAAACUUUCCAAGUAUUAUCCUUUUAAGAUCAUUGUAAUUUUAGUUGAGUGCCGAGGGCUUUUAUAACAAACGCGGAGAACUUUCGGAGGGCUGUGAUUUUCCAGUAUUAAACAUGCAUGCGUUGAUCUUGCAGUUUAUUUUUCUCAUUGUGUGUGUAUAUAGAGCUUUUCUCUGCAGCACGAUUUGUGUUUUGAUACCGCCCGUCAGGGCGCGACUAGUUACCAGUAACUGAAUGUACCUUAAUCAUUACGCUGCUUCUGUUGUUUCAUUAACAAAGGUUACACAUGUGUUAGCGUGUAGUUUCUUUGCACCCACUAUUUAUGUCUGAAUCAUUUGUCCCAGGAGAGUGUGUGCUGUGAGAUGCCCAGUCUGUGUGUUUCUGAAUUUUGUUGAGCCGGGGAAGCAACAGCCUACGGGUCCUGUUGCUGACCGCAGGCUUCCUUCAGAGCGCGGCGCCGGUCCGGGCGUGCACGCGGCGCGGAGAGGGAUCUGCAGGCGCUGUGCUGUGUUAUGUUGACCCCACCCGUCUGUGAUUCAAUAAAGAGGAAAACCGCA